CGACAUUCUCUGUACAGAAACAACACAUGUAACUGCACAGAUUUCUUUUGGUGAAAUUUUCCUUAUCUCAUCGCACCAUGAAUUCAUUGGUGGAUUAUGACUGUGACAGUGAGGACAGUUUAGAUCCAGAGGAGAACUUUCCAGAAAAAAGUGUCAGUUCAGCUGAAUCAGAAGAACGAUUUCAGACUGUUCCAUUGCCUUUAAAGAGGCCAGAUUCAGAUAUCCAUCACCACAAGCACCAAACAGAAGAGCAUACAAUUCCACAAGGUUCAAAGUGGCCUGAGUCAGCAUGUCCUGUUGUACAAACGUCUGUGUGUUCAAAAAGACCACCGGUUUUAAGUGGACUGAGACCGUACGUGUCAAAGAGACAGAGGUUGAUCACGCAGUCUGAGUCAGAGUCAGCAGCACUGGAAAACACAGAAAACUCACCUGACCUACAGGCUAAAAACCUGCGCCUUCUAACAGAAGUGUCUGAGAGAGUGCAGCCAUUCCUUGGCAGGAACGUGGUCAGAGGCGAGCUGCCCAAACGUGUUCAACAUCAACUUCAUUCUCAUCGAGGGCCAGUAAACACAGUACAGUGGUGCCCCGUGCCGCAUCUCAGUCACCUUCUGCUCUCAGCCUCCAUGGAUAAGACCCUUAAGGUUUGGGAUGGUGCUGGCAGUGGGCGGUGCCUUCAGACUUACUCCACCCACCAUGGGGCUGUACGAGAUGCAUGCUGGCUGCCGUGUGGACGACGCCUCCUUUCCGGCUCCUUUGACAACACGACCUCUGUGACAGAUUUGGAGACUGGUCAGGUGGUUGCCCGGGUGGACAACGAGUUCAAGGUCACUUGUCUUGCAUUUCAGCCCUCAGAUCCUGCUCUUUUUCUGUGUGGGGGAUUCAGUUCUGAGGUCAAGGCAUGGGAUUCCCGAACCUGUAAGAUGGUCAGAGUGUACAAGGCUGGGAUUCAGCAGACACUGGACAUCCUGUUUCUGCGUGGAGGGAAAGAAUUUGUGUCCAGCAGCGAUGUGGUCAGUCGAGACUCUGCAGAUCGCACCCUCAUUGCCUGGGACUUUCUGACUUCUGCCAAAAUCUCUAACCAGAUAUUCCAAGAGAGAUACACCUGUCCUAGUCUGGCCAUGCACCCACAGGAGGACUCCUUUGCUGCUCAGACCAAUGGGAAUUACAUAGCACUCUUCUCAGCCCAGCGGCCAUACCGGAUGAACAAGAAGAAGCGAUAUGAAGGGCACAAGGUGGAAGGUUAUUCAGUGCAAUGUGAGUACUCUUCAGAUGGCACCAUAAUGGCGACUGGCAGUUCUACAGGCUCUGUGCACUUCUAUGAGUUUCAAAGCGCACAAAGCCUGCUCACUCUCCGUGCUCAUCAGCAGGCAUGUAUGUGUGUGUCUUACCAUCCUGUAAUACCUGCUACGCUUGCCACGUGCGACUGGGGAGGGGAGAUCAAGAUAUGGAUCUGACAACUACAACCACUUCUGUUUGUAUCCCAUCCUUUUUACAAACACAGUAAAUUGAAAUAGUCUUAUAAAUGUCUUAUAAUGCAGCUGUACAAGAUGAGCAUGUACAUGUUCUAACUUUUUCUUCUGUGGCUUCUGGCUUGGAAUCUAGAUCUACAUCUGGAUUUCUGUACAGCUGCCUUGUGCCUGUCCUGUUGAAAGCCGUUUGAAUUAAAACUGAACUAAAGUGAAGACUUAAAAAUGCACAGCAUCCCAUUUUAUUUUAUUACAAAAAAUAUCCAUUUUAUCUAAAAAAAAAAAGGAUAAAGUAGGUGACGUACUCCUUGGUUUGGGGAGUAAAAUAGUCAUUACCGGAGAGAGUGGAGGUAGUAACUCCUGAGGGUCAGCCGUAAAAAUCAUAAUAUUGUGUCAUCCAAACCAUACCAGCUCAUCGGUCAAGCACAGUGGAGGUAAUGUCAUGGCUUGGGAUUACAUGACUGCUUCUGGAACAGGCUCGCUAAUCUUUAUUGAUUUUGUAUCUCUUGAUAGUAGCAAUAGAAUGAGUUCAGAAGUCUACAGAAACAUUCGGACUAUAUCCAAUCUGAUUGCGAGGAACAUCAUCAUACAGCAAGACAAUGACCAUAAACGGAAAAAAGAGUGAAAAUGUCUGUUCUGUGGAACCAUUUCUUAGUUUCUACAAGGAACAUUAAACAAGCAGUUUGUUUCAGUGAUAUUUCAAAAACAUACCAGAUGUUUUUCACCAUUUACUCUGUUUUUGCUCCCACAAUUAUACACCUGUGGAACAAAGCAUAAUCCAGCUGAAAACGUACAGAUGUGUGAGAUUAAUUGUUGACAGCUAAUUAAAUAAAUCGUACAAUUUUAGCCUUU